AUGGAUUUACAAUUGGAUUGGAUUACUCAUAUGACGAUAAGAUCACCAACCGAGAUCAAUUCAACAUUAUUAUCAGGAUUGGAUGAUAAACGACAACAACAAGAUAAAGAAAUAGAAGAUGUAAUAAUGACAGAGUUGAAUGACUCUGAAUUAUUACCAAUAGAGGUAUGGGUAUUGAUUAUGGUAUACCUAUACGAGCGUGACCUGGUCAGCGUGUCAAUGGUCAGUCGCUAUUUGAACAAGAUAUCAAUGGAUAAUUUCUUGUGGAAACCAUUGUACCUGCGACGAUGGAAUGUCAUCACGAUGCCACAUCGUGACAAGUCGAUGGUGGAGUUGUCCGACGCCGAGUUUAGACAGCUGCUCGUUCGCUGCCAGUCCAGUUCGACGCCCCUCUACAUCAAGAUCUAUAACCAAUACUGGCAGAGCCAGAUGGAGCGCAAGGGCAAGCCAUUCAUCACGAUGGAGGAGCAUCACAAUCUGCAGCCAAGCAUCGUCGCCAACAACACACGUCUGUUCACUCCGACGAUCAUACAUCAUCAUGCCAAUCAGCGGGACUCGCAAGGACUACUCUGGAAGCUGUUGUAUCAAGAGCGCAAGAUGAUGUCACAAUUUGGCGGCAUUGAAGAGUUCUACCAUCUCUUGUCCACGCUCAUAGCCUUCCCCUUGGAGUUCAAUCAAAAGGCAUUGAUGUCGAUGUAUACCAAUGUGUUUGAGUUGUGCAUGGUCAACUAUAAUCGCAAGGACUUCUCCAUCCCGCCCCUCAACCUCUAUCGCAUCCUGGUGGAAUGCUGCCACAAACAUCUGACCAACGUGUUGGCCGAGUCGACACAUGUCGAGAAUGGUCGCCCAUUGAUACAGUUCUACUUAUUCCAUUGGCAGAACUACCUGUACAGCAUCAAGCGAGUGAAUAUAGUGUUUAGAUACUUCUAUCGAGAUUGGAUAUCGAAGCAGAGCGAUGAGGCACCAAGUCGACCAUGGAUGCAGCAUAUCAAGAACUCGGAAUGGUGGACAAACCUCCUGAUGGGCACGGACAAGUGUUACUCAAUCGUCCAGACAAUAACAAUGAUGGCGCGAGGUUGGAUGAGUGUACUUUUCAAAGGACUUCAAGUGAACACACUCAACAACAGCACUGAUGCGUACGAGGAUGAUGCGUCAGCCAGGCGUCCAAGAUUGGAGAAUCGUCUGAUUGACUCAAUCCAGAUAUGUGCCGAACAGAAUGAAAUCACACAGAUGUACUCAUUCCUGCUGUCAUUGCUGCAUCUCCAGGAGUGUCUGUUGCUCAAUGGCGAGGAGACACAUCAAUUCUUCAGCACGAGCAAGUCGGAGCAUUUGAAUCAGAUACUUGGCGGGGGCAAACCUGAUCAGAGGUUUAGACUACUCCUUAGUCUGUUGCCACAGAUGACCAGAUGCAAUCUAUGCAACAGUGCCAGCACAAUACCACCCAUACUAUGCAAUGAAGAGAUGAACAAAGUAUCAAUCAAGUUAUUCUCAAUCCUCCGUCCUCCCGUA